AUGCGGAUGCCGUUCGCGGAGGAGCAGGGCGCCAUCCGUCGUCGCGUCGUGCCGUGCCGGCGGCUCGUCUGCUUCGUCCGUGGCCGACUCGCCUCGCCCGCCGCCGAGCUCCGGCGGUUGCAGAACAGGCGCGCCUCCGACGCAACCACCGAACGAUCCGCGCGCGCGCCGAGGAAGCAUCACGGAACUGGCCGUUCGCGCUCAGCAGACGGCUGGGAUGGAGGCGGAGCCCGGAGCCGGCCGGCCGGGGAUGCGCGCGGCGCGAUCGGCGGCGCCGCUGUCCUCGUCGGUCGCGCGGCUUCUUAUCCAGCGUCGGCCUCGCCGCGGCGACGCGCGCCACCCAGCAGCCCGCAUGCCAGCAGCGUCCCCGACCAGCUAGGGGGCGGACGCAUCACGCAACAUCUCAGUCGUCCAUCCGGCAACGAACGGCCAUUGGAGCGGGAGGAGGGGUCGCGCGCUGCCACCCACCGGCCGGCUGCCGCCCCCAACGACUUCGCACGGCCGAGGCUCCCCCGCGACCGGCUCCUCGCGGCGGCCGGCGAGGGCAGUAAGCACAGCACGCUCGCCACUGCCUCCGCGCCAGGCCAUGGAGGGAAGUGGAAGAGGUCGGGCCACCAGCGCACCACGGAUGGGAGGAAGCAGGGGCCAGCUCGCCGCCGCACCACGAAGAGCAGGGGUAGGUGGGCCGGCCGUCGUCCGCUGCGGGGCCAAGGGCCGCGCACUUGCGUUUACCGCAAGCGCCGCCGCCAGCCGCACAGGGGGAGGGUCGCGCCCCGCCACCGGCCGGCCCCUGGCCACCUGCUGCCGCGGGGGAAGGGGGAGGGGAGGGACCGGCCUGCCACCACGCCACGGAGGGGAGGACAAGGACGUAGCACUGGCCUCGACCUCCAGCCUACUGCCGCCUCCGCCGACAUCGCCGCCGCCGCGGCCUCCUGGCUUCUGUCCUCCACAGAUCUGCUCGCAGGAUCGUCGGACCCAGGGCCGCCUGCAACCCCGGCUCCAUGGAACUUGCCUCGGGAUCCUGCAGCCUUGGAACACACCGACGCAGGACCAGAUCGAUGGGUGCCUGAGUUCUGGAUCGAUGGGAAGCUAGAGGGAGCAGAUGGGGAAAAGGAAGUGCGGUGCGGUGGAUAA